AUGUAUAUCUACCUGGCAAGUUUUAAGGGCUCAUAAGGAAGCAUUAACCUUGGCCCGCAUCUUUUAAACUGUAUGCUGUUACUUUCUCCAUGGCGACUUAAUGGUCAAAUCCAUUUCAUAAUACACUUGUGGACCUGAAUUUUUAGUUUAACCUGCUGUUUUCACCAACAUAAACCCCACCCAUGUUUCAUUCUACUAAGAAAAACAUUUUGAAUUGUUUUACCUACAAUGAAGGGGUCAAUUGUAAAAAAACAACAAAAAAGUUUUUCUAAAGUAGAUUUUUUAAUUAUUCUUUUGGGGCUUUUGGUUUAUACAUUUGAUAUUGGAACAGAUCUCUGGAUGGUAAAGAAUUUUUUGUGUGAAGGCCAGUACUUGAAAGGUAUUCUAAUAUUGCUCACGGGACUGUAUUCAUCAAUAAUUAUUCAGUUUUUCAGUUGUGCCUGGUUUAAAGAAGAUGAGAAUGAAAAGUUUCCUUGGACAUUUUAUCUAUUACAUUCUUUAAAUGGUGGAUUAUUUACAAGAUACUACUUAGCAUUAAAACAUGGAUAUGAGGCUGUAUAUAUACCAAACAGUUCCACCAACAGCAAUUUAUGCUUCAAGGAAAUGGUUUAUAUAAAUAUCCUUCAGUUAUUUAAAGCCUUCUUGGAAAGCACUCCCCAGCUUAUCCUUCAGAUCUACAUUGUGAUGGUAUCUGACGACUCUACUUUUUCUCAAUAUCUUUCCAUCGCUUUGUCUUUCUGCAGCAUUUCCUGUGCAACAGUGAACUUUCAGAUAAUUUUCCGAAAAUAUCGGCCUGACAAAAAUGAAUUUAGUGGGGUAUUUUGCAAACUUAUAUAUCUAUUCUAUAAACUCAUGACAUUGACUUCUUGGAUACUUACCAUUGUCUUACUCUCAAUGUUGAACAUUAUAGGUUCUAUUGUGCUGCUAAUUUUUCUUUGGUUUGGAAAUCUAAUCUGGGUGAUAACGCAAAGCACUGAUUUUUGUAAAUUUAAAACAACAGAAUAUGUUUACAGAAUGAUUGUGGCAAUCAUUCUCAUGUUUACCUUUUUUAAUGUCAAGGGAGAAAACACGGCAAUUGUCCAGAGGGUUUAUUAUGUUUUUCGAAUAAUUAUAACUGUAAUUAUAUUGUGCAUAUGUGGGUACUGGAAAUCAUUACUUGAUGAAAAUAUAGAUUUGUCAACAUUGAUUAUUAUAAUUGUGAUCUUCCUAAUAUUAGGUAUUAUUUCUCUUAUUAUAUAUUAUAUUCAUUUUCAUCCUAAUAUUCAUUGCACACAAGAUGAAAUGGAUGGACUAGGAGUAGAAAGAGAAGACCCCUGCAGAAUUAGUAAAUUUUUGAUACAAUAAAGGAUGCUAGAUUUGGUCUGCAACAAUAUGUAUGAUUGUUAGAUGAUGAUGUAUGAUUGUUAGACUUUGGAAACUUUUAAUUCUUUGCUUCCACUAAUCUUUGCAUCCACGAGCUAACAGUCCUAGUUGUACAUAUAUAAACUAAGACUAAAAUAUAUACAUUUAUAAGAAAACUUGGAACAGUGUUUAGAAGUCUGAUUUUCAAGACCUUCAAACCUAUUUUGCUCCUUGACAUUCAGGUAGGAUCAGUGUGGUUUCAUCAAUUUAUUUUCACCAAAUUGUUUCCCUCACUGUCCGCUGACAAUCCUUGUUAUGGAGAAAACAAAAGAAGGAAGUAUUAGGCAUGCUACCUUGAGCGAUGCAAAAAUUUAAUCUAAUCCAGUGUUUCUCAACCUUGUCAACUUGAAGUCCAGACAUCUUCAAGUUGACAAGGUUGAGAAACACUGAUCUAAUCAAUACAUAAUGGGAGGAUAGUAUAUAGUACUCUUAAUACUGUCACUAGUAAUCUUUGCCUUUUAAUUGUGAAGACUGAAAGAAUGAGUACAGAUAGUCCUUGACUUAACAGCAGCUCAUUUAGUGACCACUCAAAACGGCACUGAAAAAGUGACU